CUGGAAUUCUUCCUGGUUUCCGAGUUCUGUAUUGAUGUGAUUCUAUUUUCCCUAUCCACACAGGAGACGGUCCUCUCUGGAAGACCAUGCUGUCCCUGAAGCUCGCCUUCCUCCUGCUGCUCUCCCUGGGGCACGUCUCCUGCCAGUCAGGAGGAAAUAAAGAGGAGAGGAGGAUUCCUCAGUGGGGCACCGGCCUCAUAGCAGUGACAGUCUUCCUCUUCCUUGUCCUCGUCUUCUACAUGGCCAACAUAUAUUGGAACAAAAGAUCAGAGUCUAACCUAGAGUCAGUCUCUAUGGGAAAAUUUGAUGAUGGGGCUAUUCUCAAUGGCAGCACUGGGCGUUAUGUUACAAGAUCCAGUGAUGAUGAACAAGUUCAGCAUGCUUAUGAAAACCCAAUAAUGAAAACCGAUAAUGAACUUUCUACACCUAUGUAACCAAGGCUCGGUAUUGCCCAUCAUGUAGAUUAAAUGAAGACUUUUCACCAUGGAAGGUGACAUGGAGACAUAAUUAUCGAAUAAAUAAAAUUAAACACCUCAUCCCUCAGGAUGCAGUUAGAACAUAUUUCUAUGGAUGGAAUGUUCUGUAUCACUCAUGAGUCCUGGUAUUGUCUCAAUCCAACAAGAGUACCUGUCUUAACUAUUGUGGAAAUUCUGCAUCUAUAUCAACCUUUCUCAACCUUAUUUUUAACAUGGAGGAACCCUUGAAAUAACUUUCCUGUCUCUGGGAACAAAUAUUAAAAAUGACUAUAUCUACGGCUCACAGUACAUUAGAAGAAUGGUCACUGGAAACAAUGCUCCUUAUAUUGGGGGGUCACUGGGAAGAAUCUCCAUUUACAGAUGGCUACACUAAAAAAAAAAGAUCAAUGGUGUCAGUGCUUACUUAUCCGAGAGGCAGAAAUUGCUCAAAGAUUCCACUUAUGCUGGGGGGACAAUUUUUGCACAGUAUGUUUUUGUAAUUUAACAAUUUAAUAAAAUAGUACUUUUUAUAAAGACCCAAACCACAA